CGGCAAGCAUGCUUCAUGCAAAAUUGACUUCAAAGACCUCUUUUUAAUUCUAAUUAUUCAAUUCAUAAAGAAACCUAUCUUUAUUAGGAUCACUUAAGUCCUGCGCUCUACGAUCUCAAGCCUGAUAAGUCGAAAGUGGGGUUCAGCAGUCCCUCAAGUCCCCCACCAUGGCAUCAGCCUCAUCUCAAACCAUAUCCCUCGAGCCCUUAACACCUUCCCAACCAGCCUCAGAAUCAACCCAAAACCUCUCUUCCCAACCCCAGCCCGGUUCCUCCAACUUCGACCCCGCCGCCGACGCCAUAAUCGCCGAGUCCCGUCUGGCCGACGCCCUCGUCCCUGACGGCGGCUAUGGUUGGAUCGUGAUCCUCGCCUGCUCAAUCCUCACAUUCUGGUUCGUAGGCACGAGUUAUUCCUGGGGCGUCAUCCAAGCAGCACUCGUCGAGAAGAAUCUUAGUAACCCGGCGAGUUUGAGCUUUGUGGGGAGUUUGACGGCGGCGUGUAUUUCGUUCUUUGCGCUGGUUAAUGCGAGGAUUGUGAGAUGGAUUGGGGCGAGAUGGACGGCUGUUGUGGGUGUGCUUGCGUUGGGUUUGGGUGGUGUGUUAAGUGGAUUCUCGACAGGGAGUGUAGGGGGGUUGUUCUUCACUGCGGGGGUGGUUAUGGGGGUGGGGUGUAGGUGAGU